AUGGGGUUCAAUCAACAAAGGCAAGCACAACACUCUCAACCUCGUCAACAAACUUCGUCUCAAAGUUCAGAGAUGUCUCUUGAAGAUAUGGUAAAGUCCUUAGCUUCUAGUACAAUGCACUUUCAACAAGAGACAAAAACCUCAAUUAAGAAUUUGGAGACACAAGUGAGUCAAUUGGCCAAUACAUUGGGUAAAUUGGAGGCUCAAGGAUUAGGAAAACUCCCUUCUCAAGCAAUCAACCCUAGAGAAAAUGUCAGUGCUAUGACACUAAGAAGUGAAAAAGUUUUGGAAAAGACACCAAGGAAAAUGAAAGAUCAAGUUGAGGAGUCAACACAAGAGAAUAACUUAGCAUGUGAGAAAGAUGAAGCUAAGACUCCAACCUCGGGAUCUAAGGUAGAUUCUAAAAGUCCUAUUCCUACUUACGUUCCCUCCCCUCCAUUUCCUUGCAGGUUUGUAAAGUCCAAAAGGGAUGAACAUGAGAAUGAAAUUUUGGAGACUUUUCGCAAGGUUCAAGUGAACAUACCACUUUUGGAUGCCAUUUAUCAAGUGCCACAUUAUGCAAAGUUCCUCAAGGAAUUGUGCACUAACAAGCAUAGAUUGAAAGAUAAUGAAGUGGUAAGCGUAGGAGAAAAUGUCUUGACGGUCUUGCAAAAGAAACUUCCACCAAAAUGUAAAGAUCCAGGAAGUUUUACCAUCCCUUGCAUUAUUGGUAAUACUAGAUCUAAUGCAUUUCCAAAGGGUGUGUUGGAGGAUGUUUUGGUGCAGGUAAAUGAAUUGAUUUUUCCAGCAGAUUUCUAUGUUCUUGACAUGCAAGAUGAAUCAACAUUUUUGACGCCACCAUUGCUCUUGGGAAGACCAUUUAUGAGGACUGCGAGUACAAAGAUAGAUGUACAUGAUGGUACUUUGACAACAGAGUUUGAUGGUGAGAUUAUUCGCUUCAAUAUCUUUGAAACAAUGAGGUAUUCUAGUGAUGUUCAUGCUUGUUUUUCAAUAGCUAUAAUGGAUUCAUUUGUGCAAAAAAAUUUCAAUUUAUCAAAUGAAGAUGCAUUGGACACCACUUUGAUUAAAAGCAUUGAUGUUGAUAAUCUAACCGGGUUGAGCAAGAAUCUACAACUGUGUGAAGAUAUUGUUAAAACCGUGGCAUCACUUAAGUCACUAUCGAGUAUUCUACCAAGGUAUAAUCUCUCCUAUAUUACUCUUCCGAUAUCUAAAGAGAAACUUUUACCUUCGGUGAUGCAGGCCUCUACCUUGGAACUUAAAUCUUUUCCCGAACAUUUGAAGUAUGUUUGGGAGAGGGGGAAACAAUACCGGUGA